AUGGAUCGCAUGGAACUGCGAAAAGUCAACACAGACCUUGAUGAGGAGAGCAACAGCGGCGACAGCACUGAAGACACCUAUACCGAUAUGGGAGAUCCAGAAAAGGCCACUAUUAGCAGUCACUUUGUUGGUGAUGAUGCCGAAAGUCAGAAGUUCCUUACCAAUGGUUUUCUGGGCAAAAAGAAAUUGGAAAAUUAUACGGAUGAAUAUAAUCCAGGAGAUAUUUCAUUUGGAAUGUCAUCAUUUAACCUGAGCAAUGCCAUCAUGGGCAGUGGAAUCUUGGGGUUGUCCUAUGCCAUGGCCAACACUGGAAUCAUCCUUUUUGUAAUCCUGCUGCUCAGUGUAGCCAUAAUGUCUCUCUAUUCGGUUCACCUGUUGCUGAAGACAUCCAAGGAAGGAGGUUCACUAAUAUACGAAAAAUUAGGCGAAAAGGCAUUUGGAUGGCCUGGGAAAAUUAGUGCUUUUGUUUCUCUUACGAUGCAGAACAUUGGAGCAAUGUCAAGCUACCUCUUCAUUAUUAAGUACGAACUUCCAGAAGUACUCAGAGCAUUUCUAGGGCUAGAAGAGAAUUCUGGGGAAUGGUAUCUAAACGGGAACUACCUUGUGAUAUUUGUGAGCAUUGGUGUGAUUCUUCCACUUUCACUUCUGAAGAAUUUAGGGUAUCUCGGUUAUACAAGUGGAUUUUCACUUACCUGCAUGGUAUUCUUCGUAAGUGUGGUCAUCUACAAGAAAUCCCAGAUACCGUGCCCUCUCCCAGUCUUGGGCAGUGGUGCUGGCAAUUGGUCCUACAACAGCACCACAGCUCCAUUGCAUGCCGUGAUGCUACCCAACGAUUCUGCCAAUUCCGAAGUAAACUUUAUGUUGGACAGCACCUACAAGCAGUAUUCCAGUUUUGAAGAAGCCAAAGAUAAGACUCAUCAGAGCGGAGUAGAAUAUGAAGCCCAUGGAGAGGAUGAUGAGAAGUGUACCCCCAAAUAUUUUGUGUUUAACUCACGGACUGCCUAUACAAUACCGAUCCUGGCCUUUGCGUUUGUGUGCCACCCUGAAGUGCUGCCCAUAUACAGUGAACUGAAAAACCGAUCACGAAAACGUAUGCAAAGCGUUGCCAAUGUCUCCAUCACCGGGAUGCUCGUCAUGUACCUCCUUGCUGCUCUGUUUGGCUACCUGACUUUCUAUGGCGAAGUGGAAGAUGAGCUGCUUCAUACCUACACCAAAGUGUACACUUUUGACACCCUGCUUUUGAUGGUUCGCCUUGCUGUACUUGUGGCUGUGACCCUGACUGUGCCCAUAGUCCUGUUCCCUAUUCGUACUUCGGUUACUGCACUCUUGUUUCCCGGAAGGCCUUUCAGCUGGAUAAGACACCUUGUGAUUGCUGCAGCAAUCCUCGCCUUCAAUAACGUCUUAGUUAUUUUUGUCCCUAGCAUUAGAGACAUCUUUGGAUUCAUAGGUGCCUCUGCUGCCACAAUGCUGAUCUUUAUUCUUCCUGCUGCUUUUUAUCUCCGGAUUGUCAAGAAAGAACCUUUCAGGUCCCCUCAGAAGAUCGGGGCUCUGGUUUUCCUGAUUGUUGGUGUCAUCUUUAUGAUUGGAAGCAUGACACUAAUUCUCCUGGACUGGAUUUACAACUCUCCAGGUUCCAAGCAGCAUUAAUCUGGAAGAAAAAAAUAGAAAAUAAUUGUUUCUUCUUUCGCGUUGGAAAUGGUUGAAUGCAAUCAUCCAAAACAAGAGGGGAAAAGACUUUUGACACAUAGAAGGGGACAUUGCUUCUAGUCAAUAACUGCAAAAUUCCAAAGACUUUUACUAGUAAUGCCACUAGGAGGAUCCUAUGGAAUAUUCAAGUGCCCUUUAAUAAGGGAUUGUUAUUUAUGCAUUAAUGCCUGUGCCAAACUUUUCUGGACCAGGAUAGAAUUAAAAAAAUGUGUAUAUAGUCCUUGAAACAGACUGUUACUGCUAUUGUUGUUUUGAUAACCACAGUUUCUAGAAUACGGAGACAAUGUAGUAGCUCAGAAGUUACCCUAGUGCCUUGUAAAAUUGUCUGUGGGUAUGGUUUAUUACAGAAUAUGUUGCACCCUAUUUCUAGAUAGAGGCUGGAAUAUUUGGGAGUUGUUCAAAAGCUAAGACCACCGACAGCUCAAAACUGAGUGUGUGUAUAUAUGUAUGUAUAGUGUGUAUGCAUGUACAUAGACACAGAAGGGAAGAGAAAAUAAAAGCAACAAUUGUGUUGAAUGGUUGUUCAUAAAGUUAACAAGUACGGUCAAGUUGUGAGCACCAACCCUUUGUAAGUAUUUUACUUAUCGAGCAAUAAAUUAUAUGGACAGGUGAUCACAGAAGUGCUCUGUGUUGAAGGUGCACAAGCAUGGUCAAUUCUUGGCCAUCAUAACUUUCAGCAAUCUCCUUUUCCUGUUAAAAAACAACAACAACUGGCUGCCGUUGCUUUUGGUGGGGCGUAACUGUCCCAUCUCUCUCAGCAAGUUGCAGUUACUGUCAAUUACAAUCAACAACAACUAGCCACACCAAUAUGAUUGUGUCUUGCCCUAGGGGGGCCUUCAAAGCUUCUCCAAUUGGCAGUGAUGCCGCCAUUAUGAGCAUUAUAUGAAGCCUCUAUACUCUUGUCAGGUAUUCCUGGUGGCCACUGAAGGAUGAGUGGAACCCUUAACAUGAUGACAACAAUCUCAUAGCAAGCACAUCUUAUCUUUGUCACUGUAGCACUUGUUAGAGGGAGGCUGGUUCUGGUAGGAUCCCUGUGGUGAGCAAAAUAUUAUGCCUCUGCUAGCCAGAAACCUGAUCCUGCAAUUAUAAUUCUGUUUUGAUUACCUUCUAAGACAAGCUGGAUCUCUGUUUGCAUUUUGUCUGGGAGGCAUGAACAGGAGAGGACUACCACACUUGGGUCCUGUUUGUGGCUUCCCAGAGGCAUCUAGUUGGCCUCUGUAUAAACAGAAUGCUAGACUAGAUGGGUUUUGGGUCUGAUCUACCAGAGCUCCUAUGAAGUUCUUAAGUCUUCCACUAUAACUCAGAUGGGUGUAAGGAGAUCGCAAGGAACGUGAAAAGCACACUUACCAGUAUUGUUAAAUGCAUUUUUGUUUGAUAAAUGGUCAGUGCAGGAAACAGUGAUCAUUGCUAUAUAUGUACUAUAUAAAUAUUUAUGUAUAUAAUCUUAUUCACUAUUGAAUGUUGCUGUACGAUACAAUGUUUUGAUUUUUAUAUAUCUUAUUUGUGUAGUUGUUUUCAUAGUCACAACCUUUAUACCAUUUUGAAAGCAGGGGAGGGAGGGUUUUUUUCCGGAGGGGCUCACUUUACAUCUCAGUGUUUGGAACUUAUCUAUGGAAGUCCAAAAGAUUACCCAAGUAGAAUAAGGCAGUCAGAUGUUACCAAAAUGGAUUAUUACAAUAAACUUCAAGAAUUCAGGGUUAUGGCC